GAAAAACGGGCCGAAAUUUACAAGCGAACAAAAGCUCCACUGCCCCUGUCUGCAAUGGCGUCUCGAGGUUUUCCACGGGCGCCUUCGUCCUCUCCCACUCGCUCUCGGGUAGAGGCCACAGCGCCACCUCCUAGCCCUAGCUCUCUCGCCUCGGCCUCCGUUCCGAUGGGCUCCUCCUCCCCGUCGCCCUCGCCACCGCCGCCGCCGCCGCCGAUGAUAGGGAGGGCGGGCAACCUCACUGUCUUCAUCACGCCGCCGUCACCUGCAAGUACCCCGCGCUCCUCGCGGCCGUCCGAGUCCCCGAGGUCGGAUUUGUCCACCCCUGCCUCCCGCACGGCGCCCGCGCCGCCGGUCUCGCCGUCGCCGCAGAAAAGGGCGAGUCCGCCCCCGUCACCGGUCAAGUUCUCUCCCCCUGCGCUCCCCGUGAAGGUCUUCCCGUCACCGGUGCAGGUACCCCCAGCGCAGUACGAAAAGGCUUCUGCGGGGGACAAGCACGACGGAUCGGCUUUCGCCUUCUUCUGGGAUGCCGUCGCGCGCGUGCAGGAAGCGCACGCAAGCCUGGACGAGUACGUCGCGAACUGGUUCGGAUUGGAUCAGUCCAAGUACCAGUGGGCGCUCAACGACUACUACGAGAACACCGGCAAGGAAGUGGAAUGUGGCAAAGCUGGGAAACCAAAGGAGCUUCUUACUACUAAAGUGCAGAAAGUUUAAAAGCAAUUUAUUCCCAUGUUGAUGUGUGUAGCUAAGCGAAUGCAUGAAAUAUUAUUAGAUGUUCUUUUUGGGGCUUCAAGGGUGCUGUCUCUUUAUCUGCCUGAAGUAGUAUGAUCUUGCACACAAGGCGCCAAGGCAGCAGUUGGAUCACGGAGAGAGCCUCAAGUUGAUUUUUGUUCGCUCCUUUCGGGUCUGCUGUAAUCGUACCUAAGGUUGUGUGGAACGCAAAUUGCCGUGUUUGCAGUGGCUAGUUAUUGCGGUUCUUGACAUGCCUGAAUCCCUGAUCACCGUGUCUUGAAAUUGAAAUGGCUAAUUGCUCUGGUUCUUAACAUCCUU